CUGACUAGACUACUUGUAACCUAUUUUCACAAAUAAAGAUGAUUUAUUGAUUGUUUACGAACUACCCUUUAAAAAAAACAUUUUUUUUCAGGCGCCGGCUAGCAAUUUGGGCUAACAAAGAGCACAUCGCAUAAUUUUUUCCAAGCGAUGAUUACCCUGAUCUCUUAAAAAUGAACAUGUAAAAAACUCCAUACGCCAAAGUAGUAGCUGGUGAGGAAGGUCAAACGAUUUGUAUAGAGCGGUUAAAAUCCUCUUAUAAAACUCUCCAUUUGUCGGAGAGGAGCUCAACAAUACCUAAAAUAAAAGAAGUGGCUUGUUCUCCGCAAAAACGUGCAAGUAAGGACACGCGCCAAAGACCCAAUGAUGAUCUCGCACCGGUUGGGGGAAAACAUGCCAAGAAGCAUGGCGGACCGGAGGCUUCUACCAACGCUGUCGAGAACUACGAUUUGCGUGUCUUCAUAAUGCUAGAACCAUUCUACGAUCUCACGAAAAAACAGUCGAUGGUAAUCAAGAGGAAAGUCGAAAGAGCGUACGACGAAACAAUCUUCUCCAAAGAUUCAAAAGUGCGGACCCCUAAUUUCAGGAAGAAGACUUUGAUGAAUAAAGGAGUCAUCGAGAUGUGUUGCGAAGAUGAGUUCGCACUAGAAUGGCUCCGAAAAAUCAUCGCCGGCACACCCUCGCCGAGAUCAGACGCGAAACUAGUGGUACGCCGGCAGAGAGAGCUGCAGAACAGACUUCAGGCUAUGAUUAAUCAGCCGGAAGACGAUUCAGUGGAACGCCACGUGCCAGGCUACACAAGGCGAAUGCGGACAAAUACAAUAUCAAUAGUUGGAGCUUCCACAAUGCAAAAAAAGGAAGAAAAACAUAAUAUAAACUAGAAAAACCAACCAGCUUAAGUAUAAACAUGAGAAACUAUUACAAGAGAUAUUUUGAAGCGGAAUGAAUGCUGCCGGCGCUAUAUGCUUGGAUCCGUAUUCGUAGAAAUUCAUGAAGAUCAAGAUUCCGACUAGCGGGUCCCUCAAGAUCAACUCACGAGGCCGCUAGAGCCCAAACCGAGGAGCCAGUUAGUUUUAGAACAUCACCCAGCGCCCGAGCAACUUGUUGUUUACAAGUUUUUUAGGUAUAAGUAGAGUAUCCGAUAGGAUGAAAGAACGUCGUUUUCAAUUCUGUAAUUUUUUACUUACGUAACAAGUUUAUAAUAAACAUAUUUUUUUAACAACAAAAGCAUACCUACAGCCUACUAACUGACUUCAAAUAAAAACUCCUGAUCCUUGUUGCAAGUUUUAUAGGACCAAAUGACUGAUAAUCAACGUUAAAUUAAAACAUAAUAACAAUUAUAAUAUAUCCGCUCCCUAAUUUAGACUAAUUGAGAAACCUUUUUAACAAGUGGUUGAAAAAUCUGAUAUAGGUACUAGCCGUACUAGGAACCCAGUCUUCACCGUAAACUGUAUGAAACAUGCAUCUUACGCCGAAGUUAAAAAUUAUUACAUUCUUAUGUAAUUGCUUGUUUUCAAUGUCAUCUUGCGAGGCAAGAAAAUGUUUCAUAUAUCGCGCAGUUUCGUUGAUCGUAAUGAUCGUUAGAAUAAAAAAGCGGCAAAAUCUUUGACAGACACUCCGUUGAAGGCAAUGUUAAUAAAAACAAUUCCUGGCAUUCUCGUAUUUGUACCGUUUCAGAGUCUGUGUCGUGUAUUUAUUUAUAUUACUAAACUAAGUUUUUGUUUAAGAAGUCCAGCCCCCGUAAAGGUGCGGCCUCAUGUAGUCGCUCGGAGCUCGUUUGCAACGACACAUCUGGUCACGUGACCUCAUUUUAAAUUUCUCGCGUCUUGAAAUGGUCACCUUCGUAUUAUUAUGUAGUGACAAAGCUGAAAAGGUUGAGGGUGAGAGGUGAGACAAGUCUACAUAAGUGUAGUGCUGCAACUUAUAAUUUAACUCCUGUAAAUAAUGGAAUCAAUCAAUAAAGGCGCUUAUUUCUUUCACAUGUAUAACUGGCACAGGGUACGAACGAGGUUAGGACAUCAGCAACACAGCGAGUCAGCGACUGCAUGAAGCAGCAAUUUUUCGAGUCAUGGAAAUUUAAAAAAUGGGAUCACGCGACUCGAUGGGUCGUACCUUAACGCUACCUUAAAAACUAAAACUUAACUAAACUUUCCUGAUGUAACUAUACUCUUAACAAUGUUCUAAAAACACGUUUAUAUUAAAUAAUUAUUUUCAUUUAAUAUCAGGUUCAGGUUUCAAAAGAAUGUCAUUUUACUUUUAAGUUGACGAUCAAAAUACCUGGUUUCUAAAUCGGUAGAGAUGUGAGAAUACCAGGAAACCUAAAAUUUGUUUUUCUUAUUAUAGCCAUGUUUAAGAUAAUUUGCAAGAUAAGAAUGGAAAAUUUAUUAUGAUAGCUCUGAUAACACAAAUGAAACUAAUGGCAUA